GUCGUUUGAGUUUUUGAUGAUCACUUCAGUAACUCCGGUGAUCUAGUAUAAAUACCAAAGGAGCUCUCUUGAUCUCUAUCAACAUCAUCCGUCAUGUCUCCUGAUAUUGCUUCGACUAUGGGAGCGAUCUACAUAGGCGCUACAGUGGCUACAGCGCUUUGGGGUCUCACAGCCAUGCAGUCAAUGACAUAUUUCAGCAGAUUCCCAAAUGACUGGUGGUUCUAUCGGUUCGCAGUUGGCCUUCUCUGGAUCGUCGACACGCUUUAUCUCAUUUUCUAUGCGCAUGCUCUCUACUACUAUCUGAUCAAAAACUUUGGGCAUCCCGAAGCACUUUUGACUAUUGUGUGGAGCUUUAAGACAGACAUCAUGUUCUUGGGUCUGGAGAUCCUUCUCGUAGAUAUUGUUUACGCGGUGAGAAUAUGGAUGUUAGGACGUUUCUUCCAUAAGACAAUCCCAUGGUUGGUUGCUGUUGUCAUCGCAGGCACAUCCGCUGUUGUUAUCAAUGAAAUCCAUGCUAUAUUUACGAUCAAAACUUACCUGGACGCUGAGACGGUCUCUAAAUCGAUUGAAGCGCUCUUGGCUACAACUGCAGCAGUCGAUAUCAUUAUAUGCGGUGCCAUGUCGUACUAUCUACUCAAAAGUCGAUCAGUUUUGAAUUUUUCCAGGACGACGAAGCCGCUCCUGAUACUAUCGCGCUUUGUUAUUGUGUCCGGAUUGGCUACUACUAUAUGUGCAUUGACAAUUCUUAUUACGUUUGUGUCUAUGCCGAACUCACUCGUAGCUGCAGGAAUCGCGACUCCUCUACCAAGAGUUUAUCUCAACUCACUACUAGCAAUGCUGAACCUACGAAAUACACACCAAGAAAAUAUCGUGAUAUCUACGAGCGGCGGUGCCAGCAGGUCCCUACCAAGUACGGUUUUGGAAUCUAUGAGAUUCAAAGCUCGGAGUACGGUGGCUACUGAUAUACAAACUCAGGAGCAGGACAUCAGUGUACCAAUGGCCGAGCUACGCUCCAGUAGAUCUCCUUGUUAAGUUCGAAUGUCCCAGGCAUAGAUUAGGAUCUUGUCGAU